AUGAAGAAGGAAGACAUGUCAGUGAAGGAACACGUAGAAGAGAUACGAAGGAGCAAGUUCUCCAUCGGAGGAGCAUUUAAUCCAUUGACGGAGGACCUCCACCAAGCCGUUAAGAACCUCUCCGCCGAACUCUAUGCCAAGGACGUUCACUUUCUCAUGGAACUCAUCCAGAAUGCGGAAGAUAACCAGUAUUUUGGAGGAAUGGAUCCAACGCUUGACUUCAUAAUAACAUCUACAGACAUAACAGCCACCGGUGCUCCAGCUACAUUACUCAUUUUCAACAAUGAAAAGGGUUUUUCUCCCAGAAAUAUUGAAUCCAUAUGCAGUGUUGGACGGUCCACUAAGAAAGGCAACAGGAUUAGUGGUUACAUAGGGGAGAAAGGCAUUGGUUUCAAGAGUGUAUUUCUGAUCACUGCUCGGCCUUACAUAUUUAGCAAUGGAUAUCAUAUACGGUUCAAUGAGGAGCCUUGUCCACAUUGUGGUCUUGGGUAUAUAGUUCCUGAAUGGGUUGAGGAGAACCCAACCCUUCAAGACAUAAAACAAAUAUAUCGUGCUGGUGACACCCUUCCAACUACUACAUUUGUCUUACCACUGAAGCCAGACAAAGUCAAACCAGUGAAGCAGCAGCUCUCCAGCAUUCAUCCAGAAGUUUUGUUAUUCCUUUCAAAAAUUAAGCGUCUUUCAGUCAGGGAAAAUAAUGAGGAUUCUAGGCUCAAUACAAUAAGUGCUGUAGCUAUUUCAAGUGAAAUUAAUUUUGUGACAAGGAAAAACAUCAAUGCUGAGUCUUACACUCUCCGUCUCUCUGAGGAGGAAAAUUGUGACUCUGAAAAGGAAUGCAGCUACUACAUGUGGAAGCAAAAGUUUCCCGUUAGGCAAGAAAACAGAGUGGAAAGGAGAAUGGAUGUAGAAGAGUGGGUUGUUACAUUAGCCUUUCCAAAUCAGGAGCGGCUGCAAGGGGGUAAAAGUUUACCCGGGGUCUACGCAUUUCUUCCUACGGAAAUGGUUACCAACUUUCCUUUUAUAAUUCAAGCAGAUUUUGUCCUGGCUUCAUCAAGAGAGACGAUUAUCUUGGAUGAUAAGUGGAACCAAGGGAUACUUGACUGUGUUCCAUCUGCUUUUAUGGAUGCAUUCAAAUCCCUUGUUAUAGGAACAGAUAAAGCUCCAGUAUCUAGUUUGCCUCGGAUGUUCCAGUUUCUACCAGUAAAAAGCUCUGCUUAUGAGGAAUUAAAUGCUGUGCGGGAGAAGAUACAAACAAAACUGGUUCAAGAAAACAUUGUUCCCAUUGAGACGUACAAGCAGCAGAAGCACUUUUACAAGCCUUGUGAAGUUGGCAGGCUAUUGCCUGCUUUUUGGGAUAUUCUGACCGAGGCUCGGGAGCAAGGAAUAUCCUUUCAUAACCUAUCAUCCCAUGGAAGAUAUAUCCUGAGUUCUUCAUUUGAUAAAGCCCAGUAUGAUCACAUACUCAAUUUCUUGGGAGUCAAACCAGUCCACAACAAAUGGUAUGCAAAGUGCAUCCAGAGCUCUAAUCUUUUGGACGGAGCAUCAGAAGAUGUCUAUUUGAAGCUUCUACUGUUUAUUGCUACUAACUGGGGGUCCAGAUUUUGUGAUUCCAAAAUGAUGAAAAUACCACUGAUUAAAUAUGUUGGUUCUGAUGGAAGUGAGUCCCAUUUUUGUCUUAAUGAAUGCACAAAGCACCAGGGCUCCAGGAGAGUUUUUCGAGCUUAUCAAAAUCAGUCUCAUCUUAUAUCAUGGCUGAUUGGUUGGAACAAGGAAUUCAGAUGUGCAUCCAAUUGUUUUUUUAUGCCGGAAAGCACACAGCAAGCGAUCUGGGUAUUCCCAAAGAAACAUAGUUUGUUGGAUUGGCUAGGCUAUGAAGCUAAUGUAUCUCCCUUGAAUGUAUACAAUUUUGCUAAACUUCUUUGCAAUUCCAUUCAGAAUAAUCGUAGGCUUGCCAUUACAUAUGCUCACUUCUUGUACCACUCAUUUUCAAAAGGUUAUUUGACACUUCAAGAGGUUGGUAGCCUAUGUGGUUCUAUGCCUCUUGUUGAUAAUUAUGGAUGUGUGACUGCAUGUAGAGUUGGAGUUCUUGUUCCUGCUAAUGUGAGCAAAUGGGCAGACUUGACUGUUUCUAAUCCAUGGAGAGAUGAAGGCUAUAUUGAGUUGGGAAAAGAAUACGUAUAUUCUUAUCAUUGUGCUGGCCAACAUACACGCCAGGAGGAGCUCCUAGACUUCCUUGUAACUCAUGAUGUAGCUUCUGAUAUACCUCAUAUAUCUGCUCCUGAUGCUGGGAUUUCUGGUUUAGAUACGCCACUUACUAAGGAAAAUGCUUUCUUGCUCUUGGAUUGGAUUCGGAACCUGAAAUAUAGGGGAAUGAGUCUACCCGAUAGGUUCUUGAAAUGCAUAAAGGAAGGAAGUUGGCUUAAAGUUACAGUGAACGGAUAUAGGCCGCCUUCAGAGUCAUUCUUAAUUGGCUCUUCAUUGGGAAACAUUUUGCAAAGUGGAUCUGUUCUGGUCGACAUUCCUCUGGUUGAUCAGAGUUUCUAUGGGGACAGAAUAUGUGAGUACGAGGAAGAACUGAAAACAAUUGGAGUGAUGUUCAAGUACGGAGAAGCAUGUGAAUUUAUUGGGAGACAACUUAUGACUCGUGCAGCUUCUUUCACUUUAAGUAAAGGUCAUGUGCUUUUGAUACUUGCGUUCAUUCAAUAUCUGAGGAAAAGUCUUCUUCCAGCUGAUCAAUUUGUCAACAGCAUCAGAGGUGGAAGUUGGCUACGGACAUCACGUGGUUACAGGUCUCCAGUUGGUUCUGUUUUGCAUGAUUCAAAGUGGCAAACUGCAUCCCAAAUUAGUGAUAUCCCUUUCAUCGACCAGGCUUACUAUGGUGGGGAAAUAUAUGAUUUCAAAGAGGAACUUAAGCUGCUAGGUGUGAUAGUUGAAUUCAACGGAAGUUACCAGCUUGUUAUUGACCACUUAAAAUCACCGCUGUAUUCGAAAUCUUUGACGGCUGAAGCUGUUGUGUUGAUACUGGAAUGCAUACGUUUUGUGGAUGUCCCUGACAAACUUGUUAAUGCACUUAAAGGAUCCAACUGUUUAAAGACGAAUAUUGGUUUCAAAACUCCCGGUGAUUGUUUCUUGCUUGACCCUGUAUGGGGUUGCAUUCUUGAUGUAUUCAAUGAUUUUCCGGUGAUUGAUCAUGAAUUCUAUGGAGACAAGAUCUUCACUUACAAAAAUGAGUUGAAGCAAACUGGAUUGGUGGUUGAUUUUGAGGAGGCAGUCAAAGCAUUUGCUCAUGUUUUCAAGCAGAAGGCAUCACAAGCUUCCUUUAACAAACAGCAUGUUGAAUCAUUUCUCUCGUGUUUCAGACGUCUGAAAGAAACUGAAUAUAAGUUUCCUUCAGAUUUCUCAAAAAUCAUACAUUCUUCCAAGUGGUUGAGGACUCGGGUUGGUGAUUAUAGGUCUCCAGGAAAAUGCAUUUUAUUUGGUCCAGAUUGGGAAUCUCUCUCUCCAAUUACUCGCCUUCCUUUCAUUGAUGACAGUGACAAUUGUUAUGGCAAGGCUGUACAUGAGUAUAAGGAGGAGCUGGAGAGUAUGGGAGUUAUUACUGAUUUUAAACUUGGUGUGAAUUUUGUCACUUCCAGUCUAAGGUUCCCUGCAGAUCCUUCCUCUAUAACUCCUGAGAAUGUGUUUUCUCUGUUGGAAUGCAUCCAGUUAUUGCUUAACCGUCAUCAACCUCUCAAAGAUGACUUCACAAAAGGAUUAUCCAAACACUGGUUGAAGACCCAUGCUGGUUAUAGGCCUCCAGACAAAUGUUUACUGUUUGAUUCUAAGUGGGAUUCAUUCCUAAAGCCAAUGGAUGGACCUUUUAUCGAUGAGGACUUUUAUGGAUCUAAAAUUGCCCAAUAUAGUAAAGAACUCAACGAAAUCGGAGUUACUGAUGAUGUUAAGAAAGGGUGCUCAUUAAUUGCCAGUCACCUUGACUUGCAUUCUGAAUUUUCCACCAUAGUACAAAUAUACAGGUGCCUGAACAAAUACGAUUGGAAACCAGAGAAUGAAGCUACCAAAAGGGUUUGGAUUCCCAAGGGAGUUGAUAAUGGAGAGUGGGUCAAUCCUGAAGAAUGUGUCAAUCACGACAAGGAUGAUCUUUUUGGUUCAAGGUUACAUGUUCUGAAAAACUACUAUGACAGAGAGUUGCUUUCUUUUUUCGCCUUAGCUAUGGAUGUUAGAAGCAAGCCCUCACUUGAUGAUUAUAUUGAGCUAUGGAAGGAAUGGGAGAGUUCUGGGGAACAGCUGUCACAUGAUAAAUGCUGUAAGUUCUGGACUUUUGUUUUGCAACAUAAAAGCCAGAAGAAAGAGAAAAACCUUGCUGAGAGCUUCAUGAAACUACCCACUACAUCAGGGUCCCAUUUAAUAUCACUGUUAGAGAAGCGCGAUGUUUUUGUUGCUGAUAACCUUCAUUUGAAGAAUCUUUUUGAGCAAGAGAAACUAUUUAUCUGGUAUCCUAAGCCAAGCUUGGCAUCAUUGCAGAUAUCUGAAUUAUUAGACUUAUACAAGAAAAUUGGUGUUCGCACUAUAUCUGAGUCUGUGAUUAAGGAAGAAUCAUCCUUACUAGAUGGUGUUGAACUCAAGCAAGUGGAUCCAAGGAAUAUUUUCAUUGGCAAGGGGUUGGUUAAACUUAUUCUUGGCUUUCUUGCUUGUUCUAGCCUCAAAAUGCAAGCAGAGAAGAGGCAUGAAGCUGUCCGAGGUCUUCUUGACCUUACUGUCCACGAGACGAUUGAACCAGUUACUGUUAGCUAUAGUUUAUCACUAUCAUCAGGGGACACCAUUGCUAAGAAAGCAAACAGAAUGAUACGUUGGGAAAGGGAAAGUUCAAAGCUUUUCACCCAGAAGAUGGACUGGGGUAAUGGAAAUACUAGUAUGAUAAAAUAUGCUACAUAUUUCUCAGAGGCAAUCUCUGUUGGUGUAUUGGGUGAGAAUGUUGAUCAUGUUCUUGCACUCUCUCAGCUGAUCAAAUUGGCUUUCUUGCUGAAGUUUGAUGAGGAAGCAGUUAAUUUCUUGAUGGAGUCCAAGGAUUUGCAGAUUUUCUGGGAGGAUGAGGAGUUCCUCAGUUCUGCCUUCCCAGUUAACUAGGUCUGCAUCGCUGAACUCAAUUUUUAUUUUGCUUUUUCCUAAACUCUUUUACUGGUCUGCAUGUUCCUUUGAUGCAAUCCAGCCCAAGAUGUAUAAAAGAGAUCAGAACAGACAAGUAUGGAUCCAGCCACAACCAGGCCCAAAUUGACAAAAGGAAAUUCCCACAGUGACCCGUAACAGAAUGGAGCAUGAGGUGGCAUGAAGUUGGUUAUAUCUAGUGGGAAGAAAGGGGGAAAAAGGAGGCAGAAAGUGUGACGUCUUUGGGAGAGCGUGGGACCUCUAAAAUUGUCUCACAAAUUAUCUUUUCAUUCUGUUUAGCAUUUUCUUUGUUAAGUGGUGUAAUUUUUCUUUCCGUUGGAAUUAUUUUCAUUCUGAGCUGUAAUAUCUUAUAUGA